AUGGCCAGUACAAGUCUUUGUACUCAUGCGAUGGAAGGUAUGGACAAUAUGAAUAUCGAUGGAAGUGGUAUAGAUGGGGUUGGUGAGGACGUAAAUGCGACCAACACAGUUGAGAUGGACAAUGAUAUUUCUAUGGGAAUGGAUCAAUCCGCAUAUGCCGAGGGCGCAGAAUCGGCCAUGGCUUCUGCAAACAUAAACUAUGCACAUAACAUAGCACAACUAUCUUCUCAGCCUGGAACUUUCCAUCGAUCCAGCGACUUUCCAGCAGAAGUUCGCUGUACGAUAUGGAAAUAUCACGCAGAAGAUGAAGAAGACUUUGGAGAACCACACAGUCUCACCAUCAUCGCAAAGUAUACCGGCGAGAAUCCUAAGAAAAAUUCACGCUGUAAUUACGUUACGGAAUUGUUACAUCACAUGGAGCUUACCGACGAUCAAAACACUCGUUCCUUCCAAAAGAGUGUUAAAUUCCCAUGGACAGCACAACCCGCACCAUCGUACAAGAUUCCCGCUUCCCUAUACGUCAACAAAGAAGGUCAAUACGCUGGUCAAGAACUCUAUUCAAAGAGUCAUUUCCUGAUGUCUAUUCUCGAAACCGAGAAACCGGUCUAUUUUCGCGAGGACCUGGAUACACUUCAUUUUUCGGAUUGGUUCACUUUCAACACUUUCUGUGUACAAUUCGCAUUUGUGCAGACGGAUCAGACAUCCAUCCGACUUGCGAUGGAAGCAAACCGUCGCGUCAUAAUUCCCGAGGAUGAGGUAGAUAUCUCGUUACAUCUUCGAUGUGUCGUUUGCAGACAUAAUAAUCGGGGUUGGCAUCGUCCAAAUCCCUGUGUAAAAUGUCUAGACAUGAAUCCGAGACAACGUCUAGAUGAUUACAUCAAAAACGUUGCAAUUGGUACCGAAUCGUUUGGACUACCCGAGAAAAUCAAUGCCGAAAAAUUCGCAGUCAAACAGACUCAAAGAAUGCAAAAACUGCGAAUAAAAGCACUUCAAUACAUGGACUGGGGCUUUAAUAAGCUCGAUAGUUUGGUGUUGGGAAUGGAUAGUCAUUUGGUCUCGGAUACGCUACAUCAGAAAAGACCUAAAUGGGUGGAAGACCGCUGGAAGUUCAAAGAGGAUAUCAUGAGACACUUGACAUACAAGGCGUUUGAGGAGGUAGAAUUUUUGUCGAAGAAGGAAUUCAUAGAGAGGUUUGGAGAGAGGGAUCCUCGGAUUGAGCUUGGCUGGUAA